CCGUCGUGUCAGUUACACGCACGUUAACUACAAGUCCGUCACUCAAUCCCGUCAUCAUCUAGGAUUACCGUCCGUCUUUCGAUUCUGCUUCGAGAUUGCGCUACCACUUUACAAGUUGGUGCUGUCUUUGAGUUUGCUGAGUCUUUCCUAUGCCACACCUUUCUCUGUCUUUCCUCUUUGUCUUCCAAACAUCCUGCUAAUGACUUCAGCAUUCGACAGGCGCAACCAACCGACAGUCGGUAGUCUGUACCGACACAAGCUUUGGUGCAUAGAUUGACUCUGGACGACGGACUAGGAAGAAAGAAAGAAAAACCAAGAUGCCGCCGAAAGCAGUUGCCAAGGCAGCGACCGGCGUCAGCGACGGCAAGCAGCCCACUGCUCAAGAGGCUUACCUCUUCUACACCAUCAUCAAGAAUAUGAAGGGCAAGCCUGAGAUUGACUGGGCCGCCGUCGCAGCUGACGCAGGUUACAAGACUGCUGAGACAGCCAAGGUGAGUUGACUUAUGAUUCGGUUGAUUCCCCGAUUGAUUCCCGGACCAAAUAGUCCCCUCCAGCGUC